AUAUUGCUGGCGCAGGUGCUCGUCAGAUAAAUGUCGAGCCUGUUGUUUUCUAAAUUGCGAGGAAAUCGCCUUUAUUUUGAUCCGGAGUGACGGCCAUCUCUUCAGGUUUUGGCUAAAGCCAUAGUCUGGGAAGAUGGCGGAUAUCUACCGGCGUGACAUCGAAGCACUGUGUGACAAGCUGAAAUUGGCAGGCGAGGAGUCCCUGAUCCUGACUGCCAAUAUUUCUGAGGACAAAGUAACCCACUUUGGUUCCAGUGUGGGUGUGCUGUAUGGCAAGGAUAUUGCCAGUAAUUUCCUAAAGUUCUGUAAGGACAACUACAGUGUAUCUGAAGUCCAAACAACAGCUGAACGUGUAACAAGAGCCAGUGUCAACCGUCCGACAACAUCUCGACGACCUAGAAGGAAGAGAAAAGUCCCAGUUACAUACCAGGACGAUUAUGAAGACAAAGAUGAUGAUGAUGACUAUGCAGAUACUUUAGAUAAUGUUGGAGGUGAUGAUGAUGAAAGAGAUGAAGAUUAUACUAUAGAUGUGACAUCAAAACCCAGUGAAACAGAGAAGGAAGGGAAAACUAAAACGCCACUAAAGAAAAUCAAACUCAAGUUAUCGUCUGUGAAAGUGGAGAAUGUAGAAGAAGUGGAGGGUUGUACAAGUGAGACAGCAGAUGACAAUGCCAAGAGUGUUGAAGAUGGCGAAGGAGAGAAUUCCUCGGGAUUUCGACGUGAUACACGCUCCACUUCAAAGGGGGACAAUUCUCACAGAUGUCCGCACUGUCAGGUCAUUUUUGAGAGUUAUGUGACUCUAGUUCGUCAUGUUAAAGAACACGCUACAAAGACUAACCAUCCAUGUGUACGUUGCAAGAAAAGUUUCACUCGAAAAAGCGAACUUGACAGACAUAUGGCAUCGCAUUCAAAAGAAAAGGGGAUCAAUUGUGACAUUUGUGCCCAGAAAUUCAAAACUAGAGACGGAAUGAUUCGGCAUAAAAAGAGAGUACAUAAAAUAAAUAUGGCAAAGAAAAUCGUGUCUGCUCCGGUUGGAAAGAUUUUGAAUGUGAAUAAAGGCGGUAAAAAAUACGGAUGUGAAUCAUGUGACGCCGCCUUUAAAACGAGAUUUAACUUGAAACGUCACAUGUUGACACACACUGACGAGCGUCCGUACAAAUGUGACAUUUGUAGUAGAGCAUUCCGUGAUUCAGAUAACCUUGCCAAACAUGUAAUGCGACACACAAACGAAAAGCCGUAUAAGUGCGACCUAUGCAUGAAGUCGUUUAAAAGUAAGGGCGGACUGAAAAUCCACGGCAUCAUUUUCCACGGAGACAAAGGACCCGGAAAAGGUAGUUUGGAAUCGUUCUACUGCAGUAUAUGUGGAAGAACAUGUGGGUCAUAUUACGCUUUAAAGAGUCACGAGAACUGUCACAAAAAUGACGUAAAGAUUUUGAAUAAGAGUAGAGAGCUAGUCGCCACUGAAGGGGAACACGAGGAUAACCAAGAAUCUGUUCGAUUGGUCGAAAAGGAAGAACCUCCUUUUGACCCAGUCCAGACGCAACCGAAGGCUGGAAGGCCCUGGUACACAUGUGAGCGGUGCGGAAAGCAGUUCACAGCUUUACGGAAUUAUCGAAUACAUGUGAAGAACCACGACAAUCACAGAGAGAGUCACGCCUGUGAAAUGUGCGGCAAAGAAUACCUUAGUCCCGUGGCACUCUAUCGCCACAGAAAGUUACACGACCGUAAAGGCACAUACAUCUGUAAGACGUGCGGACAAAGGUACAACACAAUGGAGAGUCUCAGGCGACACGCCAAGAUACACCUCCCAGAGAAACCUUAUAAGUGUGACAUAUGCCACAAGGGGUUUCUCGAACGGCGGAAUCGGGACUCGCAUUAUCUUACUCACACAAACGAGAAACCGUAUAUUUGUGACCAAUGCGGUAAGGCCUUCCGCACACAAAAACAGCUGACCAACCAUGCCGGUGUCCAUACGGGUGAAAAACCGUACAAAUGUAAUAUCUGCAAUGCCACUUUCCGUCUCAAAGAUACGCUUAGGAAUCAUAAAAUCAUCCAUAGCACUUUCAAAAAGUUCAUGUGUCAUACAUGCGGAAAAAGAUUUCACCGUCCUGUUCAUCUUCGCAAUCACCAAUCUGUUCAUGCAGAUCAUCCAGAACAUAUGUGUAAACAUUGUGGAAAAGGAUUCAAGAUGGAGUCUUCCCUAAAAACACAUAUGGUCGCCCAGCACAUGAGCGCAGAGGAACUGGCCUCGUGUACAUUCAAAACGCAUAAGUGUGAAUAUUGCGGCAAAGUGUUUCGUGAGCGCCACAACCACGAUCGUCACAUACGUAUUCACACAGGAGAGAAACCGUACUCGUGUGAGAUCUGUGGAAAGUCGUUUGCCGACAGCAGUAAUCUUCGCACGCAUGUUCGGAACCACAAGGGAGAUAAAUCUAAGGCGUGUCACAUCUGUGAAAAAUCGUUCAUGUUCUCAAAAGACUUAAAAAAGCACAUGAUGACACAUACUACUUCAUCUUCCAAGCAUACUCAUUACCCCAAUCCCGAUGUUGAUGUAGACACUACCAAUCACACUGUAACUGUACAUGUGCCAGCUCCCGACUCUAUGGUACUCAACCAUACACAGAUCCAGCAAGUCCCGCCACAUCAGCAUUCCGUUCAGUCACAGGCAGGUCUUCCCUCUCCACAUUCAAUACAGAUUGUUGAGCCACAUCCGGUUUCUCUUACAGCAGUACACCUUGUGCCUCAGACAACGCAACAUUCAACCAGUCUAUCAGUCCCCCAUGCUGUGCCUCAUUCUGCUGCUAUGAAAAUCCCACUUGCGCAGACCUUGCCUUUAUCAGCUGUGUACACCGUGCCGAAUACAUCUCACUCAUCCCACCAGACACACUCACCCGGCUCUGCGUUGUCUCCAAUCCCCAUGCACACGCAGCAUCUGCCGCAUCCACCUCCACCUCCCCACCCCACGCCACACUCUUUACCACCUCCUACGUCACACGAACAGGAGGUUUACAAUGCCGCCUACGCUUUGAACUUCGCUCAGCAUAUAGCACCUCUUCCGCCUGUCUCUGUCCCUGCAAUGGAGUCUAUGUUACACAACUCCUCCAUGGCCAGUCAGCACCAGACGUGGCACAAUAUGUAAAUCUCAGGGGUCGUAUUCAACAAUGUGCUAUUUUCCGGGAGAAUAAGUAAUGGUUACUUCAUAAGUAAGGAAGAGUAGAACAACGCCAUAAAACAAAGUUCAAUAAGGAAGUCUGUUACAACUAACGUUUGUCGUUCGUUUAGGUUAGGUAAUGUCAAACCAAUUUAAAUGGGUAGCUAAAAUAAGACUAGUAAUUUCCACACCCCUUACGUUACCUUAUGCUUCAACUUAUGAUAAAAGAGCGCAACUUGCACAUCUGAUGUUCAGAACUGGCAAACUUUGGAGUUUGCCAAGGUCGAUAAAGCUUAGUCUUCCCUGUGAAUAUAAAUUACGCACGAAAACCCUGUAGUAGUGAAUACGAUAACUAGGUUUAACGCCAUUUUUUUCUUACGUCUAUGCUUUGUAUGAAGAUGUCCAUUCGGUUACGUCCAUGCUUUGUGGGGAGAUGUUAAUUCUGUGUCAAGGCUCGGUAAUGUGUUUAGCGGGAACCAGUCUUACUUUUUAUUUCUAUUUUGCCUCCCUUGUGUCUUUGAAUUACUAAAUUACUAAGGAAGACAUCGGGAUACAGCUGAUUCCCAACCACCGUAGUUACCGGUGACAUGUCUAAACUUUUGUAGACAAUCCAGAGAUAAUAUUCUUAGUGAUUGUCUGGGUUGUUAUGAACACACAUAUAUAAUAUAUACUAUAGAUGUCUUGUUGACCAUCUAAUUGCAUUGUUGAAAUGCAUUUUUGAAUUAUGAUUAAUGCAUAGUUUUCUCAAGUAUAUCUUACUAAUGAAUGGGUUUUAAAGCAUGCUAGUCCUUCUUAGGCUUACUUAGUUGGUAGUCUUAUGUUGUCUCCUUCGGUAUCUAAUAUUCUUAUUUGAUUUUUGAGGGGUUUUUUAAUGUGUGGCAUAUCUUUUAUUGAUUUGAUUUUGUCCUUGCUAUGUUAUGAAAAUCAAGUCAACACAGGCCCUCUUUCUAGUCCCUACAUAUACAUAACAUGGUUACAACAAAUCCUCAUCAAUAACACGAGAUAAGCAUCAUACCGGAUUGUUUUAUCUGACCUAAGAAUAUUGCAAUAACAAUACAUUUCCUGAAAAACAUAUUCAAAUUGUAACUGAUCGAGUACAUGAAUGGAAUUCCUGUUUUGAUGUCAGGAAGAAAAUAUCUAGUACACUAACUUAAGUAGAUGAGGUUUAUUGCUAAGGGAGAUAAUUGUAAUGUUUAAGGCAUUAGGAUUGUAUAUCCCCAAGGAAGUUCACAUUUAAAUCGUAAUAUAAUCUCUUUCAUUAUGUUUCUCUUCGUUAUGGCUGGGCCAUAAACAGCAAUUGGAAUAAUAUAUAUAUAUAAAUACAGAGACCUGUGUUCAUGUCAAGUCAGUUGUAAAAUACUGUUCAUGCAAUGAAAUUGGUUACUUGAUGAUCAAUAUGUUAAAUUGUUUUGUUAAAUUUAGUACCUAACGAGUCAUUUUAACAUUUCCUGUGAUAACUCAUUUACUUUCAUUAGAUGAUUCGAAAUGUGUGCUUUAUUUUAAUUAGAAUUUGACAUUAUUGACGUACAAUU